AUGGCCGACGGACUGAACCAAGCACGGGCCCUGAGGGUAGCUGAACUCAUGAACGAUUACCGUACUCUUCUCCUACACAUCUCCCAGCUCAACGCCUCGGUACCAGCGGAGGAUCAAGCGGAGGAUGGCUAUCGGGUGCUCAGGGAGUGCCAUGCGGCUGCGAACGCCUUGAUGGCUUCGAACUACAGCCCUAGCCCACCACCAACGAAUACUUCAAACGAGGAGGCUGAAAAGGCCCAAUUGCGGAGAGUUAUACUUGACGGCAGUGCCCGACGGUUCCAGGCUCAUCGCAUCUACCUUAGAGCAGCAGCAGCCAAGCGAUGGGUCAUGCACCGAGACAAUAUCCUUCAAGGGCAAAGGCCGGGGCCGCAACAGGGGGGCCAGAUAAAGGCCGUGAGCGGCACCUUCCGACAGGAACUCGCACAAAUAUCGAACCAGCAUGUUGUCGCUGAUCUCCGGGCCGCUGAUGUACGGGCGGGUCACUGGCUUGACGACGACCCAACACUAGAUGCUAUUCUCUCUUGGAUCCGGUCUCAUCCAUGA